CGGAACGGUUAGGCGCCGGGAACCUUGGCAACACGCGAGCGCCGGCAUUAACUCCGCGAGGGCGACUGAGGGGGAAGGACUGAGUCUGCCGGGCCUUCCUUGGCUUCUUAAUCGCCGCCAGCGGAAUGAAGAUCGAGGAGGUGAAAAGCACUUCGAAGACCCAGCGCAUCGCGGCCCACAGCCAUGUCAAGGGCCUGGGGCUGGACGAGAGCGGGGCGGCCAAGCCAGCCGCAGCCGGGCUCGUGGGGCAAGAGAACGCGCGAGAGGCUUGUGGUGUUAUUGUGGAAUUAAUCAAAAGUAAGAAGAUGGCUGGCAGAGCUGUAUUAUUGGCGGGACCUCCUGGGACAGGCAAGACUGCUUUGGCUCUAGCUAUUGCUCAGGAACUGGGAAGUAAGGUUCCAUUUUGCCCUAUGGUUGGAAGUGAGGUAUAUUCUACUGAAAUAAAGAAAACAGAAGUCUUGAUGGAAAAUUUCAGAAGAGCAAUUGGACUAAGAAUUAAAGAAACCAAGGAAGUUUAUGAAGGAGAAGUCACAGAAUUAACUCCCUGUGAAACUGAGAAUCCUAUGGGAGGAUACGGCAAAACCAUUAGUCAUGUCAUUAUUGGACUCAAAACAGCAAAAGGAACUAAACAGCUAAAGUUGGAUCCCAGCAUAUUUGAAAGUUUGCAAAAGGAAAGAGUAGAAGCUGGCGAUGUAAUUUAUAUUGAAGCAAACAGUGGAGCUGUCAAGAGGCAAGGUAGGUGUGACACCUAUGCGACUGAAUUUGACCUUGAGGCUGAAGAAUAUGUUCCCUUGCCAAAGGGUGAUGUGCACAAGAAGAAAGAAAUUAUCCAGGAUGUCACACUGCAUGAUUUGGAUGUAGCCAAUGCGCGACCUCAGGGUGGACAAGACAUCCUCUCCAUGAUGGGACAACUAAUGAAACCAAAGAAAACUGAAAUCACAGACAAGCUUCGAGGGGAGAUCAACAAGGUGGUGAAUAAAUACAUUGAUCAAGGCAUUGCAGAGUUAGUCCCCGGCGUACUUUUUGUUGACGAAGUUCAUAUGCUGGAUAUUGAGUGCUUCACAUAUUUGCAUCGAGCAUUGGAAUCUUCUAUUGCUCCGAUAGUCAUCUUCGCCUCCAACCGGGGAAACUGCAUAAUCAGAGGGACAGAAGAUAUUAUCUCUCCACAUGGGAUACCUCUGGAUCUUCUGGACCGGGUAAUGAUAAUUAGAACCAUGUUAUAUACACCACAAGAAAUGAAACAGAUCAUAAAAAUUCGAGCCCAAACAGAGAGCAUAAAUAUUAGUGAGGAAGCACUGAAUCAUCUUGGGGAAAUUGGCACCAAAACCACAUUAAGGUAUGCUGUGCAGUUACUCACCCCAGCCAAUCUGCUAGCCAAAAUAAAUGGGAAAGAUAGCAUAGAAAAAGAACAUGUUGAAGAAAUAAAUGAACUCUUCUAUGAUGCCAAAUCCUCAGCAAAAAUCCUGGCUGAUCAACAGGAAAAAUACAUGAAGUAAAGACAUUUGUUCAGCUUUCUAGCAUUCAGAACUGAUUUAUACAUUCUCCAAGCUCUUCAAAGAAAGAGGCAGAAGAAAUUAUCUCAAAGAACUGAAAACUUCAAAUAUCAAAUUACUUGUUUACUGUAAAAUCAAAUCUUUGUUCCUACUUAUUUAGAGGGAAUGUGGUGAUAUCUUGGCUUGUGGUAACAUGAUAUCUUUUAUGUUUGUGCUAUAUGAAAUAGAUGCAUCUGGCAAAUACUUCUGUGUUUUAGAUUUGAUUGCUCAUGUAUUCAUAUCUAAACAGAAUAUAUUACUUUUUAAAUAUUGUGUUAAAAUUGUGGAGUUUAAUUAAAAAAAAUCACUAAU